CCUCCUCCUCCUCUUCCUCCACCCGCAGCUCGCCCUCUGAUUGGUGCAAAGCAGCAGGAAAAGGAAGGAAAUCCACCACCGGAGGUGUCAGAAAAACUCAACCGGAGCAGGCGAUUCUGCAGACCCUAUCCAACCCCAAAAUCCAACCCCAAAAUCUAACCCCAACAUCCCGCCUCCGUCGCUUUGUGGCCGGCUGUGCUGGUUCCGAGGACUCGGGUCUAAUCCCAAAUCUCUGAGGUGUCCCUCAGCCCACGGUCACCGGAACCACCGGACAGAGGGCAGAACCAGCGGGAUGGCCGCGUACAAGCUGGUGCUGAUCCGCCACGGGGAGAGCUGCUGGAACCAGGAGAACCGCUUCUGCGGAUGGUUCGACGCGGACCUGAGCGAGACCGGGGAGCGCGAGGCCCGCAGGGGGGGCCAGGCCCUCAAAGACGCCGGCUAUGAGUUUGACAUCUGCUACACCUCCGUCCUGAAGAGGGCCAUCCGCACGCUGUGGUUCGUCCUGGACAGCAUCGACCAGAUGUGGCUGCCGGUGCAGCGCACCUGGAGGCUGAACGAGCGCCACUACGGGGGCCUGACGGGGCUCAACAAGGCCGAGACGGCCGCCAAGCACGGAGAGGCGCAGGUCAAGAUCUGGAGGCGUUCCUUCGACACCCCGCCACCGCCCAUGGACGAGGGCCACGACUUCUAUCAGGCCAUCAGCAAGGACCGCCGUUACUCUGACCUGACGGAGGAGCAGCUGCCCAGCUGUGAGAGUCUGAAGGACACCAUCGCCCGGGCGCUUCCCUUCUGGAACGAGGAGAUCGUCCCACAGAUCAAGGACGGAAAGCGGGUGCUGAUCGCCGCCCACGGCAACAGUCUCCGCGGCAUCGUCAAGCAUCUGGAGGGGAUGUCGGAGGAGGCCAUCAUGGAGCUGAACCUGCCCACGGGCAUCCCCAUUGUGUACGAGCUGGACAAGAACCUGAAGCCUGUGGGGCCCAUGCAGUUCCUGGGAGAUGAGGAGACCGUCAAGAAGGCCAUGGAGGCUGUGGCCGCUCAGGGCAAAGCCAAGAAAUAGACGGGGUCUUAAACCGGAGCCUAGAGUAUCGAUCAAUCACGAGCACUCAACAAAAACAACAAAAACAAGGGAAAAAAAGAUCAUUUAAGGUCAAGUCAACACAAACUUACACACAGCGUGCACUUUAUGAGUAGUACCCAGCUUUCACAAAGAGGUUGUUUGAUGUGAUUGAUCUCUGCUCUGCGAUAGGCCGAAGUCUGCAUUUCGUUAUUAGGGAAUCGAGUAUUGUUUCAACACUGACCAAAAUGGAAAC